AUGUCAAAAUUGGCAGUAGAAGAUGAAACGGCUUGUACAGCAGCAAAGAAAUUUACGGACUUAUUCUACGAUGCUGUUGAUCGAAAGCGAAAUAAAAUGAAUUUCUUAUACACCGAUGGAGCCACGCUUGUUUGGAAUGGUAACGCCAUACAGGGAGUAGAUAUUAUCGCCAAAUUCUACGAUGGUUUGCCCAAUUCUACUCACACGUUAGAAUCACUAGAUUGCCAAUAUAUCGACAGUUCCGACCAGGCGCGUCCGUUGGUAGUUCUUGCCGUUGGAAAAGUGGUUCUUGGUCAAAUGACACAUGCCUUUACGCAGACAUUAGUAUUGGCAUUGGAAGAUGAAAAAUAUAAAAUAUUGAGCGACCGGUUUCGUUUCAUUGAUUGA